UCCAGUUAACAACGACAACCACAACAACGACGACUUCCAAAACAGAUCUCGCACCAUCACGUCGUAAAUGUGCGUAUAUAUUUUAUUCAACUUUGAUUUUAAGUAGUUUGUGAUUUUUAUUGGUAAAAAGUUUAAGAGCUUAAACGAAGUAAAAAAAAAACUUUUGUUCCCAAACAAUUCGGAUGAAUAAUAAAUGAACCGAACUGAACUGUGAUUGCAAAUUAAUGGAUGUGAACAAUUGAAGAACUGAAGAGACAAAAAAAUAGACGUAUCAUCUCAACCAUAAAAUCCUUGAGUGUUUUGAAAUGAAAAAAAUAAAGGCUUAUAGUGUUCUACCUUCAUGCAUAAAAAGUGAAAACAUAAAAUUCCUGUGAAAUUGACCAUGAAUUCGAUCACCGAAUUCAUAAAAAUUAUAAACCCAAAGGAACUCCAAUUAACGACGUUUGAUAACUUAGAAAUGAAGGAUGUGUAUCAAGUUACCGCCCCACUUGUAAAAUUUACGGUAGCCGCACCAGCUACAACAAGACGAGCAAAAUGAGAUAACAAGUACUACAUGUAUAUUUCGAAUGUUUAUGUUUGGUCUUGGUUUUCGUAUCUACGCGAAUAGAGAAUCCAACAGUCAUGAUAUUUCUAUCCAAAGAUCAAAAUGAUGUUUUGGCAGUGGCAAAUAAGACGAAAAUAAAUUUGAUAUAAAUGUGAACACAAAGUGAAAUAAACGUACAGUGAAUCGUAUGAUGAGUGAUGGAAUGAGAUAUAUAGAAGUGUUUCAUGUUAAUAAACUCAAAUUUGUUCAGAAUUACUUUAAUCAAAAUACAGUCAAGCUCGAGAAAAUUCACAGGUGAACAAGCGUACGGAUCCCAAUCAUAGUUUACAACAUACAUUGAGAAAUAUAAUGACAUGAAUAAGUCACAUUUGACCUUGUGUUUGUAAAUGACAUACAUACACAAGUUUAAAAUGUAACGUUAGUAACAGUAACAACAGUGGAGAUACAACAGUACAAAAAACAAACAAUUCAAAAAAGAAGAACGUUAGAAGAACAAACGAGCCAAGGAUCAAAAAUGCUAAACGCAAACAUACUACAGAAUUGGUUUACUGAUGUAGGAUCGCCACCCUAUUACAUACAGUGUAAAAAAACUUCAUCCAGCUGAGGUGCAGAAAAUAUCCAUCGAAAAUUUUAAUUUCGUACUUUGUAGAAGUAAAAAAAUAUCACGUACAAUAUAUAGCUGUGGUGUAACCACACAAUAAACCAUUAAAAUGUCGUUGACGGUGAAAAUUCUGGAGUUUCGUUUGCCAAAACCAAAGGCGAACCUAAUCGGACGAGUUGAAUUUCGUGGAAUGGCUCACACCACCAAUGAACUAGCAUCAAAAACAAAUAUUCUCGAAGUCAACCAGUCGUUUAUAUGGCCGCUAGCACGACCAGCCACAUCCGACGAAAGUGUUACUGUUGAGCUGCGAACACAAACAACGAAAAUCCUCUUGAAAACUGGAUUGGCAACGACAUCAACAUCACGCGGCACCAUCGCCUCAAAUAGCAAAAUAGUGGGAAAAUUUGCUAUGUUAAUGCAAGAUCUCAUUAUCGUUCAACGCUUACGGAUUGAAGACCGACUCACCGAUCAUUACAACAAACCAAUUGAUGUCAUUGUAUUGUUCGAAAUAACGUAUAAGUCACCGGACGACGAAGCGGGAAACUUUGAACCAAGACAUUUGAUAGAUCCGAUUCAACGUCAACAUCAUUAUGUCAUCGACCAAUCAGACAGCAUCGAUGACGAUCAACAAAAACUGCUUGAUAUCGAACAGAAUAUUGCCAAUUUGGAAAAGAAUUUGGUUCGUGACAAGGAUUGUCGACAAAUGCCGCGUCGAAGCCGAAAGCGAGAUCUAUUGAAACGUGUAAUGUCAUCGUCUCAACAACGUUCCACUGAAAUCAGCGACUCGGAGCGCGACGCAAAAUCAAUAGAAAAUCCGGGUAGUAGUAAGGUGCACCAAGUAAGCGAAAAGAAGAUGACUUUGCGAACGGUGCGGCAAUUUAUGAAAUUGGGGAAAAGCAAACAGCAAUCAAGUCGACGUGACAGCAGUACGGAAGACGAAAACAGGUCACUGAUUAGCGAUGUGGAUGUCGGUGGUUUUACCUCGGCUCACGAUUCGCAAAAUGAUCGUAGCGAUAAUAUUUCGCUAACACCUUCGUACGAUUCAAGUGAUGGCGAAGACGAGGAAGAGUUCACUGUGGAAAGCAAGAGUAAACGUGUGCGACCAGUAACACGAUUUGAACAACAUUUAAAAGCGCAAGACUUUCAAGUUUGCGUCACCAUCAUCGAAGCACGACAAUUGCCUGGCCUCAACAUGGAUCCUGUUGUAUGCAUUCAGAUUGGUGAUCAGAAAAAAUACACCAGUGUGAAAGAAUCCACCAAUUGUCCAUAUUAUAACGAAUAUUUCGUAUUUGAUUUUCACAUGGCUCCGGCGAUGCUGUUUGACAAAAUCAUCACAUUGUCGGUACUUCAUUCGAGAAAGUUUCUCAGAUCAGGCACUGUUGUUGGUUCAUUUAAACUCGAUUUGAAAACGGUGUACGAUGCAAAGGACCAUCAAUUUUACCAUAAAUGGGCGUUGCUAACCGAUCCAGACGAUUUUAUCAGCGGACCAAAAGGUUAUUUAAAAUGUGAUAUCGGCAUUAUUGGCAAAGGGGAUACAGUGAAAAUGCAACUGAAAUCCGAGAAAGAUCAUGAUGAUAUCGAAGCAAAUCUCUUAUUACCUGAUGGUGUGCCAUUGGAGCGUCAACGGGCCAAAUUUGUUAUCAAAAUUUAUCGAGCCGAUGGAUUGCCGCGAAUGAACUCAUCCAUUAUGGCAAAUGUCAAGAGAGCUUUUACGGGCGAAUCAAAAGAUCUUGUCAGCCCAUUUGUACAUGUGUCCUUUGCUGGAUUAUCGGGAAAAACCACAGUGAAAAAGAACUCAUACAAUCCAAUUUGGAAUGAAGAACUGAUAUUCACCGAAAUGUUUCCACCGCUUUGCCAACGUAUUAAGGUUCAGUUGCGUGAUGCGGAUCCAGUUAAACCGUCGAUAAUUGGAACACACUACAUCGAUUUGAAACAAAUAUCAAACGAUGGUGAGAAAGGAUUUCUACCGACAUUCGGUCCGUCGUUUAUUCAUUUGUAUGGUUCGACACGCGACUAUACCAUUCUUGAUCAACACUCGAAUUUAAAUACUGGUUUGGGUGAGGGUGUUAGCUAUCGUGCACGUUUGCUCAUAGCUAUUCGCACCGAAAUCACAGAUAAUGUGGAAAUAACGACGGAGAAAAAUGUUGAAUUGCAACCGACAAUGCCGGUGUGUGAAACAUCCUAUUCAAAAAACGAGGAAUUUUUUCUCUUCUCAACGAUUAUGGAGGCAACGAUGAUCGAUAAAAAAGUGAGCGACAAAUCGGUUUAUUUUGAGCUGAGCAUUGGCAAUGCUGGAAACAGCAUUGACGGUCACAAUGAAAGCCAAUGCAGUAAUGUCGGCGAUGAUGGUGAACUCGAAACGGUAGAUACAUCGGCAUUCAAUAGCACAACCAAUUCGUGUAAGCCCAUUUCACAUGAUAAAUUGUAUUACUAUUUGCCAUAUUGGGACUACAAGCAGUGCAUGAAUGUGCGAUGCCAUUUUCCCGAUUUACGACGCAGAAUGUACAACAGCAAUAUGAUUUCAAAAUUGGUCGAUGCAAUGGAAGAAGGAUUACACGAAACAAAUUCACUCAUUGAGAAUGAAGAUGCACGUGCUGAAGUGCGACUUCGGUCAACUCUUGAAGAACUGGCAUCGGGUUGUUUGAAAUAUGUUGCGAUCACAAAAAAUGGUCUAACGGGACCGGGCACUGGCAAAACAAAAUUGGACAAAGAACGCAUGAAAUUGUGCGAACGUGAAAUUGAGGCCAUUGGGAAUAUGGGUAGGAACUUACGAGCAUUGGUUACAAAAAAUUCGCUCAAAGAACGUUAUCGAACGGCACAAACCUAUUUACAAAACUUGAAGUUUUUAGUAGACGAUCCUCAACAUGCAUUGCCGGAUGUUUUCAUUUGGCUCAUUGCAAAUGGUAAACGAAUUGCAUAUCAUCGCAUUUUUGCACGUGAUUUAAUUUACUCGAUGAUUGAAGAAGAGUGUGGCAUUCAUUGUGGCAAAGUACAAACGAUUAUGUUACGGUUGCCGGGCAACAAAUCAAAUACACCAGCCGGGUGGACAGUUCAAGCAAAACUAUCCAUUUAUUUAUGGUUGGGAAUUAUACAAAAUCGACAAUUUAGCUACUCGGGAUUGCCAAAAGGUUUUGAUCUAUCGCCCGAAAUUCGAAACGCCGAACGACCCGGAGCAAUGGCACCAUCGACCAUACACUACUUGGAGAAACAUACAUUUCAACUGCGAGCGCACAUAUAUCAAGCCAGAUCGCUUAUUGGUUCCGAUGCAUCGGGUCUGUCGGAUCCUUAUGCAACCGUUUAUAUAACAGAAUUUGCAAAAACCACACAAGUUAUCGAAGAAACGUUGAGUCCAACGUGGGAUGAGUUGCUAUUAUUUGAUGAUGUGUUGGUGUAUGGAACGAAUGAAGAAAUUAAGAAGAAUCCACCAACUGUUGUAAUUGAAAUUUAUGACCAAGAUAAGGUGGGCAAAAGUGAAUUUAUCGGAAGAACAAUUGCAAAGCCAAGAAUCAAAUUACGUGAAAAUACAUACGUUACGCCAACGUUAGAAUGGUUUGAUAUUAUACGAGGAUUAGAUAAUGCCGGUGAACUGUUAGCCACAUUCGAAAUGAUUGAAUAUGGUUCGGAGAAUAUUGCAAAAUUACCAGAACCAAAACCACUAAACUAUGACCUACCAAGAGAACGAAGUAUUCCAAUUCAAACAAUAUUGCCCGUUCCACGUGAGAUUCGUCCACAUCUGGCGAUGUAUCGUUUAAAAGUUUUGUUAUGGGGCUUACGAGAUUUGAAACGCAUUCAUUUUAUGUCUGUUGACCGGCCGCGCAUCGAUGUGGAAUGUUCGGGUAAAAUAUUGAGUUCGAGUAUCAUACAAAAUGCAAAAAAGAAUCCAAACUUUCCGACAAUGUUGAAAUUUUUCGAUCUGGAACUGCCGGUUGAAGAGAACUACGCUCCACCAAUCACCAUAAGAUGUGUUGACUGUAGGUCGUUUGGUCGCUAUACUUUGGUUGGCACACAUCAAAUCACAUCGAUACAUAAGUAUAUCCAUCGGCAGGCGCCAAAGGAAGACAUCACAAAGUAUCCAACACAGGGUGGCCAAAUAAUUCUUGCAGCUAAAUCAGCAAAUGCUCAAAAUGGCGUUGAAGACAAAACAGCCGCUCCAUCGAGAAAUUCAUCAUCGUGUGAAUACAUUACACAGUACGGUGCCGUUUGUGUUUCGAAAUUAACAAUGAAAAAAAGUGAUCGACGCAAAGUGUUGGAAUCGCAAGAGACCACCGAACAAGAUGAAGAUGAGAACAGUAACGACUGGUGGACGAAAUAUUUUUGGUCACAUGAAAUAUUGGCGGAAAAUAAACAGCCACAAUUAUUUCGGAAAGGCAACCAAAGUCAGCGUGAGGAAAAAUUAAAAAUCGGUCUCAAAGGUGUCAAAUUAGUAUCGAAACUCAGUCCAAAACAUGCCAAAAGAGAAACAAUCGAAGCCGUUAAACCGAACAAGGCUUUGUGUCAGAUCUAUAAUAAUGAACUUGAAAAUCAACCCGAUUACAAUCACUUCAAAGAAUGGUUAUUAUCAUUUCCAUUGUAUCGCGGGAAAAAGACGGGCGACUCGACUGAAGAUGAAAAUCGUAUUGUGGGAUUCUUUAAGGGUGCUGUUAAGGUAUUUAAAUUACCGCUGCCCAAAGACAUUGAACCACCAUUCGCACCAACAAUACCAACGAACGAUCCGAUUCACGUUUUAGUUCGUGUGUACAUAGUCAAAGCAACGGACUUACAUCCGAUGGACUUGAACGGAAAAGCAGAUCCGUACGUGGUAAUACAGCUGGGCUCAAAACGCAUUUCGGACAAAGACAACUAUACCAGCAAGAAUUUGAAUCCGGUCAUCGGCAAGUGUUAUGAGAUCGAGGCAACAUUUCCACAAGACUCGCAAUUAAACAUUCAAGUGUUUGACUGGGAUUUAGUCGGUUCCGAUGAUUUGAUCGGUGAAACUAAAAUUGACUUGGAAAAUCGCUUUUAUAGCAAACAUCGAGCCACAUGUGGACUGGCUUUAAAAUAUGAAGAAUUUGGUUACAAUCGAUGGCGUGAUCCCAUGAAACCAACGCAAAUUCUUCAGAAACUUUGCAAAGAAAGCAAAUUGGAAACGCCACAUUACUUUCAAGAUCGUGUUGUAAUUGGUCGAUAUUGCAUGACAUUUUCGGAAGAAGAGGUGUUUGCUUGGAAUGGUCCAACGACUUGUAAAAAUCGAGACGAACACCUGGCAUUGGCAGUGCUGCAUCGAUGGUCCGAAAUUCCAAAUGUUGGAUGCAAAAUUGUCCCCGAACACAUCGAGUCACGGCCGUUAUACAGUCCGGAUAAAAUGGGUAUUGAACAAGGCAAAUUAGAGAUGUGGGUGGACAUGUUUCCGAUGGAUAUGCCGCUACCUGGUCCACCAGUUGAUAUUUCACCAAGAAAACCAAAAUCCUAUGAGCUUCGAGUCGUUAUUUGGAAUACAGACGACGUUGUUUUAGAAGAUGAUGCUUUCUUUACUGGCGAAAAAAUGUCUGAUAUUUACGUAAAAGGAUGGUUAAAAGGUCCUCAAGAUGUACAAUCAACAGAUAUUCACUAUCGCAGUUUGACUGGUGAAGGGAAUUUUAAUUGGCGUUUUAUAUUUCCAUUUGAUUAUUUAGCGGCUGAAGAGAGAAUCGUUUUAUCAAGGAAAGAGUCGUUGUUUAGUUGGGAUGAAAGUGAAAUCAAAAUUCCGGCACGACUUGAGCUUCAGGUUUGGGAUAACGAUAAAUUCUCAUCGGAUGAUUUUCUGGGUGCCAUUUCGCUCAAUUUAAAUCGUUUUCCUCGCGGUGCAAAAUCAUCAAAAUUGUGCACGUUGGAUAUGCUCAAAUUGGAUAAUGUACCAACUGUAAAUAUUUUUAAGCAAAAACGUAUUCGAGGCUGGUGGCCGUUUUUCAUCAAAAAAGAAAAUGAUGAAUUCGAAUUAACGGGCAAAGUUGAAGCCGAAAUUCAUUUAUUGACAAAAGAAGAGGCUGAACAAAAUCCAGCCGGAUUCGGACGAAAUGAACCGGAUGCACUUGAGAAACCAAAUCGUCCAGACGCAUCGUUCAUGUGGUUCUUGAAUCCAUUGAAAUCGAUACGGUACAUCGUUUGGCAUAAUUACAAGUGGGCCAUACUCAAGGGAGUCAUCAUAUUUCUUGUUGCGUUUAUGUUGCUGUUGUUCUUCUACUCGGUGCCUGGAUACACUGUUAAAAAAUUGCUUGGUGCAUAAGAAGUUAUUUUGUUGACCAGUUAUGGUUGCUCCAAAGAGAACUACCAAAUACUCGAUCUGUACAAAACAUUGCAAGUUUUAAAUUAAGCUUUACGAAUGAUUUAAAAUGCUUAAACUGUUAAACAAGGACAUUUAAAACAAAAAAUGAACAUAUCCGAAAGAGAAUAUUACAUUUUGCUAUAGAAUAUACAUUCAAUUUUUUUCUCAAACGAAAAAAAAUAUAUCCGAUUUCAAUUCAAUAUGCUAGUUCGAUGUUUUUCAAUGAAUUUACUAUAAAUAAUCAACAAAAAGAAGACAUAUGACCUUUGCACCAUGAACCUUGGCCGUAGUUCAGUCACUCAAUUUUAUUCAUAAUCGUUUUAGCAUAAUUCCAGAAUUUAUAAAUUGUUCUAAGCUAUAAGAUCUGCCUAUCAAUAUAAUUAAUUAGAAUGUAUUAUUAAGCUUUGUUCUAUCUGAGAUGGAAAAUCUUGUGUCGUUUAAAGGUGUGUUGAAUGUUUUAAAUAAAGGAUCACCAUUAAUUAUGACAAAUUUUAAUCUUAAAAUAGGUUAGAGAUGUGUUCGAGUCCGUGAUUCGAAUGUAAAAAAAGUGUAAAUUUUUGAACAAGAAAGACGUACAUACAAUCACUAGGAACCGUUUGAUAGGGUAUCAUGUUAAGUAAAGGAUUUAACUAUAAGCAAACCGAUUUCUUCAUAUACAAUAAUAUAUAGAUAUAUUUUUGAUUCUCUCUACUGUAUGUUGAGCAAAAGAAAAAUGUUAGAAAAUUUAUGAUGUAGAAAUGGGAUUAAAAUUAAGAAUGCAUCAGCCUCAAAUGAUGAUGUUUUGCUAAUCAAAUUUAUAAGAUUAGACGGUGCGACAAACAAUGACCAAAAUGAAGAAAAAAAUGUUAUGCAAUUGAUGUGCUUUUCAAGGCUUUCAUCGAGUUUACUAAGAAGUGCUCAAUUAAGUUUGCGAGAUAAGUGCUUACAGAAAAUUUUAUAUAAAGAAAAUACAAAAAAAGGUUUAUUCUUUGAAACGUUUACUGUGAUUCAUGUGACAUAGUUUUAAAAGUGUAUCAACAACAACAAUACCACCUCUAUGUGUACAAAUUUAACCGUAACAACUUUUAAAUUCAAUUUUAUUCGCACAAAAUACAAAA